CCGCACCUAGGAGGAGGAGUCACGUCAUUGAGGUGGUUCCGUAACAACAUCUCUAAGAUAUUUUAGUAAUCUAAUGCGACAUUCUGGGUGUAAUAUUCAGGCUACAAGGUACAAUGAGUCUCUCUGGGGGAAGAGAGGAGGAGGAGGGGGCGAAGGACUUUAAGAUGAGUCUCUCUGGGGAACGUGACACUGACAGUGUGGACCAUGGUGGAGAGUGCUGUUCGAAAUCCGAUCUUAAGAAAUAUGCCUCUGAUCUCACACUGGACCCAAACACAGCAUUCAGAGAGCUUACUCUGUCUGAACAGAACAGGAAGGUGACAAAGGUGAGAGACGAGCAGCCGUAUGCUGAUCACCCAGAGAGAUUUGACUUCUGCAGACAGGUGCUUUGUAGAGAGGGUCUGACUGGGCGCUGUUACUGGGAGGUAGAGUGGAGUGGGGAAGGGGCUGAUAUAGCAGUGACAUAUAAAGGAAUCAACAGGAUAGGUGAUGGUAAUGACUGUGAUCUUGGAUUCAAUAUCAAGUCCUGGAGUGUGCACUGCUCUGAUGAUGGUUACAAUGCCUGGCACAAUGACGAGAGUAUUGCCAUACCUGUCCCCUCCUCCUCCCACUCAAACAGAGUAGGAGUGUAUCUGGACUUUCCCGCUGGCACUCUGUCCUUCUACAGCGUCUCCUCUGAUACACUGAUCUGCGUGCACACAUUCCACUCCACAUUCACUGAGCCUCUCUACCCAGGAUUUGGGAUUUGGGCGACUGGCUCCUCAGUGACCCUGUGUCAGGUAGAAUAGCCUCCUGUUUUCUGGAGGAACAUCACGGAAGUCACACUCCAGUUCAAACACCUGUAAGCAUGACAGAACACACACUUUCAGAAAAAAGGGUGUGGUUAGGGUACGAUAUUGUUCCCUGUGGUACAAAUAUCAACAUACACCAUUAUGUACUUAUGUACACAUAGUAAUCUAGUACAAUGGUACAUUUUUUUACUUUUUAUUUUGAAUAUAAAUUACAAUAAUUGGAGGUGUAGCUAAUUGGGGGAGUGGCUUUCAAUUAGUUAUUUUUGGCCACCCUUGAGUGGAAGUGUUGUACCAGUGGUCCAUGGUUAUGUUAAUUUGAGUUCGAGCAUAUCUGCUGCUCGUUUUGAAGUCUUUUCAACACGUAUAUACAUAUGUAAGAGCAUGUGACAAUAAAGAGCUGUAAUUAAUAUUAUAGCGACAUUAACCCAACAUUGAGCCACCUUGCCAAGAGGCUUAACAGUCACUGGACCCAGGUUCAAAUCCUGGUUGGGUCUACCCCCUGAAUUUAUUACCUUUGUGUCAAAAGGGGGAUGGUGGAAAGUGUACAUGUGAGAGACCUGGUAUAGAAAAUAUAUUUAUUAUAAAUAAUUUGGUGGGUGCUUAUACCGUAUUUGUCUUAUACACAUGUGGGAAUUAGAAAUGAGAUGUUCUGCAUAUCACAAUUCCCCCAUCAUCAACCUGGAGCAAUUAGGGUUAAGUGCUUUGCUCAAGGGCCUUGUUGGCUUGGGGAUUCGAACUAGCAACUUUUCUAUUACUGGCCCAACACUCUAACCUCUAGGCUACAGUACCUGACACCACAAUUGUUUUCUGACAUCCCAGGUUUUGGCACUUAAAAUGAACAAAAAGCUUUGUCACUGAGGUUGUACCUUAAAAAGGAAUAUUUGUACCUUUUUGGCUCUUUUAAUGUGCGGACUGCAAGGGUACUGUUAUGUGCCUAUAACAUAACUAAUGAGUAAUAACAGGAUACCACUAGAGUGACAAGCGUUUCUACCCCUUUAAGUACAAUGAGGUACCUUUUUUUCUGAGAGUACAGAGACAUGUUUUUAAAUUAAUGAUCUUUUUGAUAUUGUUUUAAUUCCUUGGUGUUUGUAAAUAUUGCCAUCGGUAGAACACAUAUUUGUCAAAAUGUCCACACAACAAUCCUUUAUGCAAUUUAAACAGAUGAAAGAAGAUGUUUUCAUUUGCAUUUACAAGAAUAUGGCUUUUCAAUAAAUGAAGUCCUUCAUACCUACAGUACCUACCUA